AUGAGUGGUGGCCCCCAGCUGCAGCUGGCUGUCCUCUGGCCUUGGCUGCUCAUGGCUACCCUGCAGGUAGGACUUGGCCAUACAGGGCUGGCACUGGCAGCGGCAGUCGAGUCUGAGAGGUCGGCAGCACAGAAGGCGAUCAUUAGGGUGAUCCCCCUGAAAGUGGAGCCGAUCAUCCUGGAGGGAGAGUUCGCAAAUGUCGCUGAGGUUACUCCAGCCGAAGGAAAACUGCUUCAGUCCCACCCGCUGUCCCUGUGCAACACCAGUGAGGAUGAGCACACGGAGUCGGGAUUCAUCACCAUUGUCAAGCUUGAGCAGCCAGAUCGGGAUCCCAACCCGUGCCUGUCGCUGGCUAACAAGGCAAAGCUGGCAGGGGAACGUGGAGCCCGUGCUAUCCUUUUUGACAUUACUGAUGAUGAAAGCGCUGCUGAUCAGCUGAGAAAGCCCAGAGGGCUGAGUCAGCCUGUGGUUCUGAUCAGGGGCCAUGAUGCUGAGCUGCUCAUGGGUGUCGUGAACAAGAACAGAGAGGCCCAUGUGAAGAUAGAGGUCAAGGAGCCACCAGCUUGGCCAGACUACGAUGUAUGGAUUCUUCUCACGGUGGUCAGCACUGUUGUUGUCAUCAUUUUGAUCUUUGUUGUCCGCACAAAGUGCCAGCUGAACAGGACUCAGGACUCCUUGCAGCAGCAGACCAUGCAGGCCAUCGGGCAGCUGGCCACACGCAACUACCAGGCCAGGUGCCGGCAGGCGUCACGGUGGGACUCCGCCAGCAGCUGCAGCUCAGCCCCAGUCUGUGCUAUUUGCCUGGAGGAGUUCAGCGAGGGCCAGGAACUGCGGAUCAUCUCCUGCUCCCAUGAGUUUCACCGGGAGUGUGUUGACCCCUGGCUGCAGCAACACCACACAUGUCCACUUUGCAUGUUCAAUAUUCUUGCCCGAGACUCAGUUGACCAGGCCCCAGUAGCAGGCUCCAGGUUGGCCCCUCGGGACAUGGAGCCUGGACGGAGACUGCACCUUUUCCGCCAGCACCCAGGACAUGCCCUUUACCACCUCCCACAUGCCUACCCUCAGAGAAACCUCAGGAGCUUCCCCCCAGAGCCAGCCCAUGGCAACCCUUUCUUCCACUCUCCAGAGCUCUCCCAGCUGGAUUUCAGCACCAUCCACUACAUGCCCUACAGGACAGCCAGCUCUCUGCCCACCUGUGGCCACCCGUCCCCCCUGGUCCCCGGCUUGCGGGGCCAGCAGCAUCCGAGCCCCACAGCAUGUGGGCAGCCUCUGACACCCCAUAGGACGUGCCCCCUGCAGCCCCAGCCCCCCUGCCUGGGACUCAAGGCAGCCCUGGCACAGCGGCAGCACCGGGCACCUGCCCUGCGCCGAGGGGCCAGCCAUGGACACCAGCACAACAGCAGCGGCUCCGGGGAGAGCUAUCUCACGGAGCACAGUGGGUACCUGGCAGACGGGCCGGGCAGUGACUCCAGCUCGGGGCCCUGCCACGGUUCCUCCAGCGACUCCAUGUUGAACUGCACAGACGUCAGUCUGCAGGGCAUCCACGGCAGCUGCUCCACUUUCCGCAGCUCCCUCAGCAGCGACUACGACCCGUUCGUGUACUGCAGCUCAGAGGGGCCCACCACAGACAAUGGGCAGGAGCGGCAGCGGCCGCCAAGGGAGACGCGGCCCAGGUCCUUGGACCUGGUGGUGCCUGGGGGUGCUGCUCCAUCCAAGGCCCAGGUGCUCAGCCAUGUCCACUACCACCACCACCAGCACCACCACUACAGAAGGGACACAGAGUGCCCGCCUGGGCGGGCCGGCCAGGGGCCUGGGCAGCGCAAGUCCCGGUACUCUGGGACCAAGGUUAGCUUCCACGGUGCUCGGAUGCAAAAGAGGGCUGAGAAGAGCCAUCACUGUCAGCAGCCUGUGGAAAGCAGCACUGUGUUACAGGAGGCACCUCCAGCAGGACAGACAGCCUGUUCCCAGCAAGGCCGGGAGCCCCCACAUGCCCCCUCUGCUUCUCUAAACAGGUUGAACUUCACUGUAGAUGCCACCAGACAACCAGGAGCAGCUGGCACAUCCCCUGUCCUGCUGCCGCAGAGACACAGCUUACAGAGUCGUCACCACAGAAGGAAAAGAAAAUGUCCCCUGGAGCCCGACCCCUCUCUCCUGCCUGAGGACUCAGCCUUGCCCAAAGCCUGUGACACUCACAUUCCUCACGGCCACCCCACUGGCCACCGCUGCUCCCCUGAAGUCCAGCCCCUGAUCCCAAGCGCUCCCUUGCCCUGCAGCUUGGGCUCUCGGCCACUUUGGAAGUGUUUAGUGCCACAGUCCAGCUCAGAGCUGAAAAAGCAGGAAGAGGGGAUGUCAGGACGGGAGGGAAACCACACAGUUCCUGCUGGUUUCUCAGGGAUGGGCACAGCAAAGCACAGUCUGAGUCUUCGCCUGCACUGCCCAACGCAGCAGUGUAGCCAGGGAUCUGAAGAGGAGGUCCAGGAUGUCCAUGAACACUCAGUUUAAUAAGACACUGGCUAAUUUGCUUACAGGAGAGCUGAAGUGAACAAAGAGGUUCAGCGUACCAGCCGUAGUGGAGGUCACAUCUUGGUCUCUGCACAGGCAGCAUAAUAACCAGCCCUGACCUGCAAGGCCCACGCUGUGAUGCAGACU